AUACUGUUAAAAUUCAUCCCCCGACUCCUCACUCCUCAGACGAAACCCUAACAACCAUCAUCAUCUUCCUCCUUCGUAUCCCCAAAUCUCAAGCAUGAGAAAGCCAAAAUCAACGCCCGUCCGCAAGCAGAGCCGUCCAUCGGAAGACUACGAGAUCGAGCUUCUCAACUCAUGGAUAAAUGCCCAAAAACCCGACCGCGGCUCUAACCCUCUGUCGCUCCCUCCCCUGCCCUCCGAUGCUCCCGUUGGCUGCCUCCUCGACGGCGGUGCAGCGUCGUUCUCUCGUUUCUCCGGUGCCAGAAUGUUCAGCCAGCUCCCCCUCUCGCGGAGGACCAUGAAGGGCCUCCGACAGUCCAAGUACUUGAAGAUGACGGAGAUCCAGACGGCGUCUUUGCCUCACGCGCUCGCCGGUAGGGACGUUCUUCUCGCUGCCAAGGAAAGCUCCGGCAGGAUUCUGGCUUUUGUUAUCCCGGAUGGGAGACGUGCAGAUAGGGAUGAUAUUCUCCCCGACGGCUUUAAAGUCAAGCAAGGAGAUGGAGUAUAGUACAUGGCCUAUGCAAUGGGCAGAAUCCUUAUAUUUAGGAAGAAGAUGCCCAAGAUUUCCGACCUGAAAGAUGGAUCAAGGAUGGAAAUUGAACCCGAAUCGCCAUUCAAGUUCGUAGCAUUUUCAUGCGGGCCCUCGGAUCUGUCUUGGGAAGGAAUUUGCUUACCGGCAGAUGAAGAUUCUAUCAAUCGCCCUUCUUUGCUUCUUCCGCUUCAAAUUAGCUGAUGACACAAAACCUGUAAAUUAUAGAACCAUGUUCACCCUUCACAUUGAUGGUAACCUCACUCUCUGUGCAGUUUUAAGGACAGCCGCAUAAAAGAAGUCCAACAUGUGAGCCAGAAUGUAAUAAAUGUUCACUUAGAUUAAAAUUAACAAUGAUUCUAGCGUUGUAUUGUAUUGUGCUUUUACAAUAUGUAACAAAAGAAAAAUAUAAAUAAAGCUUCUUCCCCUCCUAAAUCUU